AUGCUAUGCUUGAAGGAAGCAAUCACGGCUGGCAUACCACUACUAGUUAUACCGUUAUUUGGAGAUCAGCCAAAGAAUGCAAAAUUAGCUGAAAAGCAUGGAAUUGCGGUUAUCCUACAGAAGAGCAAUCUCAAUGCGGAUACGAUGGCAGUUGCCAUACAUGAAAUUCUUACGGAUCAAAGCUAUUCUCUCAAAGUCAAGCGAUUAUCGCAAAUGCUGAAGAAGAAGCCAGUAAGUGUCUCUAAGCUGUUGGUGCGUUGGACUGAGUUUGUAGCAGAAUUUAAAACGCUAGAAAAUUUCAUUCCGGUAGGUAACAAACUAAAUUUUGUACAGUAUUAUUCUCUCGAUGUCAUUACGUUUUUAUCACUACUCUUAUCAUUAACAGCAUUGCUCAUUUGGAAACUACUGAGGUUCGCUAUAAGAAAAACGAUUGAUAUUAUGUUUGCUUUGUCGACGAUUGUAGCACACAGAUCUCAACAAACAAAAGUCAAAAAUGAAUAG